AUGGCUCUAACGCAGGAAUCGCUUCUGUCUGCGCUGAUAAAGGAGGGUGGUAAGAUUAAAAACUCGGAGUUGCUGUCCAUGUUUAAAACUCAGUUAAACUGCAGCGAUCCGACCGAGAAGAAGCAAAACCGAGACCUUUUCAAGACGUGCGUAAACAACGUCGCGGUGGUGAAAGAGAUUGAGGACACGAAGUAUGUCGUCCUGAAGAAGAAAUACCAGCAUUUACUGGAACCUCAGUCGGAUCUGAGUGAUCAGAAGGACGAUGGUGGAGGUAUUGAUCUGACGGAGGUGGCCCAACACCCGGCAGGUGAGGACACGUCCAGGAGUGCGCAGUCUGAAAGUGCAACAGCAGCUGAGAUGAACAAAUCAGAACAAACUCCACCAGACACUGAAACAAACUCAGCAGACUAUCCAGAACCUUCUUUCAUAGAGCUGGCUUUACAAAGACACAACUCCAUGAGUUUUAAAGCAAGAAAGUCCAUGCAGUUUAAAGUGCCAUUGAAGCCAAAUACUGAAGAGGUACAAUCACAGCAACUUGGUACUUUUUCGUCUGGCAAGGCUGAGACUGGCAAACACAAACCUCUUGCACUGCCGUUGAGGAUUCCUGUUGUUAUCACUCCUCCAUCAGAGAUUAAAAAUGAGCAAAUUAAAACUCAAUCGACGGACGACAACUCAACCAAGGUCCACCUAGCUCCAGUGGGCUCUAUGCUGGGACCUCAGAGCUCACCCAGGUUAAGGAGAAGGUCUCAUACAGACAUCGCAGCAAACCCAAACACUCUACACUUUAGGAGUGCUAAACCCUUAGAUGAGCCCAAAUAUGGUGAGACAUUCCCACUUGACACCACAGAACACGGAUGGAUGGUGACGUCUGCAGCAGGUCGCUGGGGUUUAGUAUACGGCUACCUGUUAAAAGACGCCCAUCUGGCUGAAAAAAGAGAUUUCAUCUCUGGCUUCACAGCCCUGCACUGGGCGGCCAAGUGUGGAAAAAGUGACAUUCUCUGCAAGAUCAUUGACAUGUCCAGAAGAGACAGCAAAGGCGUGGACAUCAACACCAAAUCCUUUGCUGGCUAUACUCCACUGCAUAUUGCUGCCAUUCAUCAUCAAGAGUAUAUCAUAGGCAUCUUGGUCAAAGAGUACGGUGCCAACUGCCAUAUUCGGGAUAACUCUGGGAAAAAGGCACACCACUACCUUCACAAAGGAAUAUCUGAAGAGGUCCGAGAGAUGCUUGGAGAACCAAAGGUGGUACGCCCUGAGCUGCAGAAGAACACAGAGGAUGGAGACACUCAGAAGCACAGUCACACCAUUAGCCGGCUUUUCCAGCCCCAAACAGUGGGCUACAAGAAGAAACCCAAGUCCAGAAAUACCUUCUUAUCCAUUGCAGAGGACUCAAGAGAAGAAAGGGACGAACAUGGCUCAAUUAUGCACAGAGUUAGGUCUGACAUAUUUUCCUAA